AUGGAGAAGCUAGUUCUAGCACUUAUUCAUGCAUCCAAGAGACUACGUAGAUACUUCGGCAACCAUGUCAUCCACGUCCUGACAAACUACAAUAUUGGAAACAUCCUGGCUCAACCAGAAAUCUCAGGUAGACUCGCAAAAUGGGCCAUCGAACUAGGAGGUCACAAUGUAGUUUUCAGACCCCGGCCGACAAUCAAGGGUCAAGUAUUGGCAGACUUUUUGACAGAAGUGCCAGACGAUAAAGACCACGGCGCCUCCAACAAAGAUGGUGCAGGGGCAGGCUUGAUGUUGGUAAGCCUAGAAAAGCACGAAUUUACGUAUGCUAUCUGCUUGGAUUUCAAGAGUACAAACAACGAAGCAGAAUACAAAGCUUUUCUCGCUGGGUUACGUCUAGCAAUCAAAAUGGGAGUCAAAUACCUAGAAGCGCAUGUUGACUCGUUGCUCGUGGCAGGUCAAAUCAACGGUCAAUACGGCGCCAAGGGUGAUGUCAUGGCAUUAGACCUCGAGCAAGCAAAAACCCUGCUACAAAGUUUUGACUCUUUCAAGAUUCACCACAUCAACAGGAGCGAGAACAAGCCUGCAGAUGCCCUGAGCAAGCUUGCGUCUACGAGUUUCCAACACUUAGCCAAGGACGUGCGCAUUGAAGUAUUGGGAAACCCGUCAGUCCCGUUGAGGCAAGUCGGUGUCAUCCAACUAGGAUCGUCAUCCUGGAUGACUCCUAUUAUCAUAAGAUCUUACCUAGGACCCCUACUUCGUUGUGUAGACCCUGAAGAUGCUAAUUACUUGAUCCAUGAAGUGCAUGAAGGGAUUUGUGGCAUUCACACGGGUCCUAGGAUGGUUGUUGCAAAGGAGAUGAAUGCGGGGUAUUAUUGGCCAGGGAUGCAUUUAGACGCGGUAAAGGUGUUAAGGAAAUGUAACGGAUGUCAAAGGCACACGCUUAAAACCCUGCGCCCCAAGAAUGAACUAGUCCUUGUUACGACGGCAUGGACGUUUCAGCAAUGGGGAAUUGACAUGGUUGGUCCUUUUCCCGAAGCCCCAGGAGCAGUAAAAUUCAUUAUAGUCGCUGUUGACUAUAUUACUAAAUGGGUGGAGGCGAAAGCUCUGGCAUCAACAACAGCCAUGGUGGUUUGA